AUGGAUCUGUGCGUGACCAUCAAAGGAGUCUCCUUCCUCUUACAGACCGGCUUAGGUAUCCUGGGAAACCUCCUGGUACUUCUAGCGUAUGCCCAUAUCAUUUUGGUGGAGCCCCGCAUGCAGCCGGUGGACACGAUCCUGUGCCAUCUGGCUUUUGCCAACCUGAUGCUACUUCUCACCCGCUGCGUCCCACAAACCAUGACUGUCUUUGGCCUGCGGGACCUGCUGAAUGACCCCGGCUGCAAAGUGGUCAUCUACGCUUAUCGCAUUGCUAGAGCUCUGUCUGUCUGUAUCACCUGCAUGCUCAGCGUAUUCCAAGCUGUGACCAUUGCGCCUGCAGGACCACGUGUGUCCAGGUUAAAAGCCAAGCUACCUCAGUUUGUCAUCCCCACUUUUGCAUGGUUAUGGUUCAUCAACAUGGCUGUUUGUAUCGCUGCCCCUUUUUUCUCCAUCGCUCCACGCAAUGGCACUGUACCCGCCUUCACCCUAAACCUGGGCUUCUGUCAUGUGGACUUUCGUGACAAUCUGUCCUAUGUUAUUAAUGGGGUGGCAGUGUCAGGGCGUGAUUUUGUCUUUGUGGGUGCGAUGCUGGGCUCUAGUGGGUACAUUCUUGUCCUCCUGCACCAACACAGCCGGAAGGUGAGGGGGAUCCGACGUGCCCAGGGAAGCGCGAUGGAGACAAGGGCAGCCAAAACCGUGGUCACCCUGGUAAUCCUGUAUGCAGUGUUUUUUGGGAUCGAUAACGUGAUUUGGAUCUACAUGCUGACUGUGGCUCAGGUGCCGCCUGUGGUGGCAGACAUGAGAGUGUUUUUUUCAUCUUGCUAUGCCUCCCUCAGUCCCUUUCUCAUCAUCACCUCCAACAAGAAGAUCAAAGCAAGGAUGUUAUGUGCUGCUACUGAUCAUGAACUGCAGUCAGGCAACACUCAGGAUUCAAGUGAUAAAGUCUAA